UCAUCAGCUUUGCACCAAGCCAAGGCGUGUGAUCACUUUUGCCGUUUCCACUUUGCAGCUUGAGGAUUAGUGAGGAGAAACAAGGUCUUUGCAUUGCAAAUUUUGCUCACGCGUACGCAAGGUGGUGCAAUUCUUGGUCCGGAUGAGUUUUACUCCUGUUCGAUCGUAUGUGUCAACACUCGAUCCUGCUCGAGGUUCAUAUAUAGACCCCCCGCCUUUCCACUUGUAAGUCAUUGUUCAUACCACAUUUUCCAACCACCAUCAAACACAUCUACUUUCACCCAUAUUCAAGUCAAGCAAACUCAUCGAGUCCUUGCACAAUCAAGUCUACUACACACAAGCGGUAUUUGAAGAUACAACACUUUCUAUCAGAAUCAACCACACAUAUACAACAAUGGUUUCAUUGAACUACCUCAUCACUGAGCCACACCCCUCGGCACCCAGAGGCAGGACCAGCUCUUACCUUGGAUACGGCCGUGGUGGUGCUGGAAACUAUGCUCGUUACAAGGCAGAGGACCUCACUGUCGGUCACCAAGCCACCGGUCCCGCAUCUCGUGCUGCCAUCUCUCCUCCUCCUGCCACCCAGAAGUUCACAAGCGGUCGUGGUGGUGCCGGAAACACAUUCACCCUUCAGGAGAGCCAAAGAGCCAUCUUCUCCUUCGACGAAGAGCUUGCCCGUGACCAGAAGCUCAUGGAUGCUCGUGCCAAAGCUCCCGUCUACUUGGUUGGCAGAGGCGGUCAGGGAAACUUCGUCGAUGAGAUGAAGCCUUCAGCAAGCCGUCAGAACAGUGCAGCAUCCUUCUCGUCAAAUGGCUCUUCUGUUUCCGACAAGGCUCGCCGUAUCGGUGGUGCUUUCAGAAGCUUGAGCAGAACCUUCAGCAGAGACUCUACUCGCGAGUAAACCAUUACUCUGCUCUACUUCUCAUGCUACGCCACUUCACGACACCUUAACGACCACCAAAAAGUUCUUCUUUUCCAUCAUUUUUUCAAUCAUCAACAACCAGCGAGGAGUUCUACCAUCAGGGAUGAACACCUCGUGCAGAGGGCAUCCAAACCAUGAGCAUUGCGUCUCUUUUCACAUCACA